AUCAAAUCCAGCUAACCGAGUUAGCGACGUACGAAGAACGGGCCCCUGGUCUCAUAUAGCCCACCACAGUAUACAAAGUUUUGUUUAUAGGGGUUGGAAAAAGGCAGCUGUCGCGUGCAUGCCCCCUCAUACAGAGCAGAACAAACGCUGUAUUCAUCUGCUUGUGAAACUCACCUGGAGCAUAAUAAUAAUAUCAUUAAUGCAGCUGGACGUCUGAUCCACUGUCACUUCUUAACAUGCGGAAUAUCUGUGGUGUCCUGAUCGCCUGGGCUCUGCUGCUGCUGCAUGUCCGAGCCCAGUCUCAUAACAGACCGACAUUCACAUGUGGUGGGAAUAUAACAGGAGACUCGGGUGUUAUCGGCAGUCAGGGUUAUCCUGGAGUCUAUCCACCCAACACCAAAUGUGUGUGGAGAAUUACAGUUCCAGAUGGCAAAGUGGUUGUCCUGUCAUUCAGAUCCCUUGAUUUAGAGAGUGACAACCUGUGCAGGUACGAUUUUGUGGAUGUUUACAGUGGUCACGCCAAUGUCCAGCGUCUCGGCCGCUUCUGCGGGACGUUCAGACCAGGAGCUCUUGUUUCCACAAGCAACAAGAUGCUUCUGCAGAUGGUAUCUGAUGCCAACACAGCUGGUAGUGGUUUUCUGGCCGUGUACUCCGCUGCCAACCCACAUGAACGAGGGGAUCAGUACUGCGGUGGCAGAUUAGUGAAGCCAUCAGGAACCUUCAAGACCCCUAACUGGCCAGAUAAAGACUAUCCCGCCGGAGUCACGUGUUCCUGGCAUAUAGUGGCCCCAAAAAACCAGAUCAUUGAGGUGAAAUUUGAGAAAUUCGAUGUGGAGAGGGACAACUACUGCCGUUAUGAUUACGUCGCCAUUUUUAACGGAGGAGAAAUCAACGACGCCAAAAGAAUUGGGAAAUACUGUGGAGACAGUCCACCGGCGCCAGUGCUUUCCGAGGGGAAUCAACUCUUCAUACAGUUUCUCUCCGAUCUCAGUUUAACAGCAGAUGGUUUUAUCGGUCAUUACAAAUUUAGACCGAAGAAGUUGCCCACCACAACUGUCCCACCGACCACAACAGCCCCGCCCACUACCACCAGACCCAUACCUUUGAAGUAUUCUGCAGCGCUGUGUCAACAGAAAUGCAAACGCAAGGGAACCCCUGAGAGCCACUACUGUUCCAGCAACUUUGUGAUUACAGGAACGGUUAUUACUGCUCUAACACGUGGAGGAAGCAUGUACGUCACCAUCUCUAUCAUCAAUGUUUAUAAGGAGGGCAAUCUGGCCAUCCAGCAGGCUGGCAAAACCAUGAGCACCAAGAUUGUCAUCCUGUGCAAGAAAUGUCCCUAUGUCAGGCGAGGUUUGAACUACAUCUUCAUGGGCCAGGUGGACGAGGACGGGCGUGGGAUGAUCGCACCCCAUCAUUUCGUUAUGGCUUUCAAAGCCAAGAACCAGAGGGCCUUUGCCAUACUGAAGAACAAACACUGCUGAUCUAUCACAGACGCAAAGAAUCUCAUCCCGCAUGACUGAACUUUCAUCACGGACCCCGACAAUGACGGCCGAGAAUUGCUGAAGCACAAAACACAGGGUCUGGCUCUUUCUUACAUAUCAUCCUACUGUUGUGAUGAGAUUCAAAAUGACAGCAAGGAUUUAAGUUCCUGGGGAGAGACAAUAGAAUGUAAAGAUGUUUAUUUAGUGAUCAUAUAGCGAACUCAAAGGGAACGUAUGUGCGUUUGUAGCAUCAUUUUGUCAUCUUCAUGAUGGAUUUGUGUUACAUUUUGUCUAUUAAAUAUCAUCAGAGGAACUGAUUCAGUGGUGAAUGUUAAGUUAUAAAUUAUUUGAGAUAAAAAUAAAGUCAGUUUUAUCAUUUAGAUUUUCAA